UGCCCUCCGCCCUCGGGGCCGUCCGUUCCGCCCCUCCCGCAGGACGGCCCGGGGGCGGCGCUGCGCAGGGCCCGGCUCAGGUGCGGCGGGAGGAGGAGGAGGAGGAGGAGGAGGAGGAGGAGGAGGACGCGGCGGCCGCUGCUCGGCAGUGCCCUGAGAGCCGCCGCCAUGAGCAGCGCGGAGCCGCCGCUCGGGGCCGGACCGCGGGCACAGCCCGCAUGGAAGAGGGAGAUCCUGGAGAGGAAGCGGGCCAAGCUGGCCGGGGCGGCCGCCGGAGAAACGGAGCCCGCGGCUGCGGUGACUCGGGGCCCGGCGGGGACGGGAGAGCGGCUGGUGGUGGCCGAGAGCUUGGGCCCGCUCCGCGAGAACCCGUUCAUGCGGCUGGAGAACGAACGGCGGCGGCUGCGGCAGGGGCUGCCCGGACACGGCCCCGAGACGGCGCGGCCGCUGCAGCAGCUGCUGGAGCUGUACAGCGCCGUGCCGGGCAUCCGCACCAUCCGAGCCGACAACAUCCUCAUCAUCGAGUCGCAGCCCGACGCCGCCGCCUGCUUCGCCGACGGGGAAGCGCUGUCCGGGCGCCGCCGGGAGCCCCCGGCCUCGUCCCCCCCGCGCCGAGCCGACCCGCUGCGGGAGCUGCUGGCCCGUCGAGGAGCCGCCGUCGCCGAGAUCCGCGCCGACCAGGUGCUCGUCUACGAGGCGGCCGAAGCGCCGGAGCCUCCCGAGGCCGCGGAGCCGGGCACCGUCAGCCGGCUGCUGGAGAAGUUCGGGCAGCGACCGCGGGGCCGCCGCCGCCGGGGCGGGGAAGUGCCGGCCGGGACCGCCGCCACCCCCCGGGCCGGGGCCGCUCCCGCUCCGGCGGCUCCGGGCUCCCCCCACUCCUCGGCUCCCCCCAAGGCGGCGCCGACCUCCCCCCGCCCCUCGGUCCCGAAAGCCGCCCCGGCCUCCCCCCGUGCUGCGACCCCUCAGCCGGUACCGGUCCGCCCCCAGCCGGCUGCCCCCCGUGCGGCCGCCCCCCAGCCCGCGGGUCCCCAGGCGGUCCCGGCGUCUCCCAGGGCUGCGACCCCACCGGCGGUCCCCAUCUCUCCCCCUGCCCCGAUGGGUGCACCCAAAGCGGCAGCUCCCCAGGCCAACUGCUUCCUCCACAAGAUCGGCUCCAACUCCUUCACCGUGACCCCCCGGGGCCUCCCCCCUCCCAGCCGUGUCCCCGAGCCCCCCCCUCCCAGCCGUGUCCCCGAGCCCACCACCCGGAGCGUGCCGCCCAAAGUGCUGCCAGUGCCAUCCACCAGCGCUGCCAACGCCAGGAGGCCAAAGCCGGAGGAGGUGGAAGUGGCUGCAUCACCCCCACCCAGUGCCAGUCUGGCCCCCAGUGCCACCCAGCCGCUCUCCGCAUCCGCCCCCCGGGCUGGGGGCUCCUUUGAGAUCCACCCGGCCCCCAAGCCUGACCUGGCUGCCAUCCCCGCUCACGACCUGCAGGCUCAGGCCUUGGCCAAGCUGCGCCUGAAUUCACGCAACUCCUUCCUCUUCGUGCCCCGCCGGGAUGGUGGCACAGCUCUGCCUGCAGCCCAGAGCAACAGGACGGGGCCGCCGCCAUCCCCACAGCAGAAGGUGCAGAAGGAGCCCCCGCGGGUUUCCGCUGUGGAGCAGGAAGAGCCGAUCGCUUCCCCGCCGGCGCCUCUGGAUCCGUUGGUACCUGUGACUUACAUCGAUGACAUUGUGGAGCCGGACGGGGAGCUCUCCACGAGGGCUGCGAGGACGGAGAACUUGGAUCAGCCCGGAGGAGCUGGAUCUGAGCUGGACAUGGACAUUUCCUCCGUGCCCCUCUACAGACCGCACUCCCCUGGGCUCCACCAGAGGGGAGGGAACACCUUCACCGUGGUGCCCAAAAGGAAGCCCGGCACCUCGGGGCCACAGGGUCUCAGUGAGGCUGGUGGGAGGCCACAGCGGGAGGAAGAGGAGGAGGAUGAGGAAAGCAAAGGAAGAAGCAAAGCUGUAGAGAAUGCCGAUGGGCCCCAGGUGGGAGCGACCCACAAGAAGCGCUACCCCACAGUGAACGAGAUCGAGGUGAUCGGUGGGUACCUGGCCCUCGAGAGGUCCUGCAUGAGCAAGACAGGAUCCCGCCGCAAGAAGAUGAAGAUCUCUUUCAAUGAGACAAGUUUGCAGACCAUGUUUGAGUAUCCAUCCGAGAGCUCACUGGCGGAAGAGGAGGAAGAGGAGGAGGAGGAGGAAGGACGCGCUUCUGAAACAGAGGACAAAUCUCGUCCCUUUCACAUUCCACGCCCUAACAGCAUUUUGCAUCCCAAUGCAGCUAGCCCAGCAGAUCUAUCCAGCUACACCCCAAAGCACUCUGUGAAGUUCAGCGAGUGGCAGGAGCAGAAGUAUGAGGAGAUGCCUGCCAAGGGACCCCUCCUGAAGGAAGCUGAUGGGAACCAAGUCAUGCUCACCCCAGCUGAGAAGGGCGGACUCUCCGACUUCAGCAGUGAGCCAGCUCUGUACUUCUGAUUGCUCCAUCUCUGAGCCUGCAGCAGCAGCUGCUGGGCAGAGCCUGGCAGUGCAUCACAGAAACCACCGCCUGGGUCCCUCCCUCAUCACAGUCUUCACAGCAUCCUGAUGCCAAGGGUGGACUAGAUGCCAUUGGGCAUCUUUGGAGAAUAUUUGCACUGGGUUCUGGGACCUAAACAACUGUUUUUUUUAAUGCAUAUGGUUUAUUCUCCCUGUGGCCUUGCAUAUUCCUUGUUCAAGAUCAGCUGUUGAUAAGACAGGUAUCUUAAAGCAAUGUGUAACCCCAGGAUAGGUGUAGAUGCUCUCAGUGCUAAUGACUCUGCUCAUCCAAGUGCUGAGUGGGGCCUGGACAGCAUUUGUAACACUUCUCUCACCAGAGGCCCCAGUGAUGGAAGCUGUGGGCAGGUGGCUGGGCUCACUGCAUGGUUCUGACAGCCAGGCUGCAGUGGUUGGAAGAACUGAGGAUUCGUGGGUUGUUCUCGUUGUGUUUUUGGGUCUCAUUUCACCAACUGUCAUGGAAUUUACGUGCCAGUUAAGCUCUUGUGAAGGAACCUGAAUGCACUGUGUGGGUGAUGGGGAGGGGAAUAAAUGCCUUCAGUUUUAGGUGUCACUUUUGCACUGACAGCAGGAAGCACCCAGUCCAACUGGAGCCUUGUGAGGGUUCCCAAACGUUGGCCAUAGCUUUGAUCUCUCUGUAACUACUUGUGCUCUGCAGGCUCCACUAACUCUAAUUGUGCUUGUUUGCCCAUUCCUCUUUGUUCUGUUUUGGCAUCUAAUGGGGCCAGGCCUGAGACUGAUGUGUCUUGGGUGGUGGGGAGACUUGCUUCUUGCCUUGCUCACUCUAUUUCCCUAUGCAAAGCACAGGAGGAUCAUUUCACUCCUUCCUUCUGCAGAACUUGAACAAGGAAUAUGAUUUAUUUUUUCUAGUAUUUUUAUAGUUCUGUUGGAAUUGUUUGAUGCAGCCAAUAUACAAAGGAAUCUCCUCGACUCUUCCAUUUAAAUUUUCUACGACUGUACACACUCAGGGUCAAAAUUGCACUCUGGAAAAGACCGAACACUGCUGCUAAUGUGAUUUGUACUUCUGGGAUUAAAAGAGAUGCGGUUGGAACAGACACGGCCUCUCUGGGCUUUGUGAAAGGGGUGGUCCCCCACGCGUGGCUCUGUCAGAAGGACCAGGCUGCCAUCUUUUGGUGAUGUUUGGGUUUUAUUGGCUUGUGUAUGAUAGAUAGACAAUGUCUGUCUGAGCUGACACUGAUCUAUGAUCUGAAAAUGUUCUUUAUACCUUUUUACAUCUUGGACAGUGGAAAACUUGAGCUGUGAGCUUAUGGCAGCCCCGGCUCCUGAGCUGCAGCAUAACAGAUGUGUAAGUGGUGAACACAGAGCUGCCUGUCCUGGCUUUGUUCUGCUGUGAGUCAAUGAGGGAUGCUGACCAAUAUCCCACAGGCUGCUCUGCUGCGUUCAGCCAACUGCAGUGCUGCUGGGGGUGCUGAUCCCACUGAAGGAGCUUUGUGCCCUCUCCUCCCCUAGCUGGGACAGGCCCCUGGUGCUCUGCUGCACCCAGCAGCUCUCUAAUACCAAAAUGCUUCUGAAAGGAAAAGAUAAUUCUGCAACACGCUUUUAUUAAUGGUGACAUCCUUGCACCAGAACAGCAGCUGCCCCCCACCAAGGGGCCUGGCCAGGCUGAAGAGCAGCUUUAGGAAUGCUUUUGUCCAGGUGUUUGCUUUGAGGUGCUCGAAGGCUCCCUGGCUUUGCUAGCAUUCCUGAUGUCUCCCUUCAGGGCAUCUAGCAAUGUCUGAGAACUCUCCAGAAUCUGGGAAAGAAGGAAAUAAAAACAGCUUAUGUAUUUUGUAUCAACUAAACAGUUCUCUCUGAGCUCAGCUGAUGUACCCUGCAGCAGGAGGGAUCCUCCACCCUCUGAGCAAUACAGCACUGGGAGUUGAGGUGUCUUGUCUCACUGCAGGGAUGGCUGGGCAGGAAUUUCUCUGGUUAUGCCCAUAUUCUGAAUCACAAAAACCUUGAGCCAUUUCUCUGCCCUGGAACAUAAAGCAGAGACUUUCCUGCAGCAGGUUGUGCAUUUAAGUUUACUUCCUACUUGGGCUUCUUGGAGCAGUAUUAAAAUUGCAGGCAGCAGACUCAGUGUUUUCCACUACUAAACCUGCAUGCUUCAGGUCUCUUGCUUUGAUAAGUAACCCCACAAUGACCUUAAAUCAGACUAAAUCUCACUCCUUUCAUUCAUUUUCUUCUGUUUUUAGCACAUAUUUUAUACCAUCUCACACUCCCAUCUGUUGUGCCCAGGAGAUCAAGGCAACACCAGGCUUAGAUCUCACUGCCUGUGCAGCUCACCUGUUUACAGUGGGCACCUGUAACAGAACAUGGCUGUUUCAGUCCCAGUGAUAGCUUAUACUCAUUCCUAUGGCCUCACAGGGGUAUGAAAUGGUCAGGGGAGAGGUGAGGAGCCCUGCAGAGGGAUCCUGCUGUCUUUCCCCCAUAUCAGAGCAUGGUGCGUGUAUUAGGGUGAGUCCUGAGUCUCCCCUGGGCCGGGGAAGGGCAAGGAGCACCAUCACACAGAGACCUGAAUGCACAGGAGGGGACUCUGCUCCUCAUUUCAGUCUGCAGGAUGACCAUGUUUCCUCUCCUCACCCCUUGGCUUCUCACCUGCUGUGACUCUGUCCCCUAAUUUCAAUAAACACGGCUUUGUUUGUA